AUGCCCAUCACCACUGUGCUCCGGGGUUUCAAGAUCCCCAUCCCGGUCCUCGACCGCUUCCUCGAAAGUAACGGCGUCUACCCCACUGAGGGCAUCCCGCCCAUCUACGACCGCGUCCUCGCCCGCCCCGACCCAAACAUCCCCACCAUCGACCCCUUCGUCGCCCUCAUCCGCUCCAAGCUCACCUCCUUCUCCCCAGAGGCGGCCGCCAGCUUUCACAACCAAAACGCACACGUCUUCAUCGCAGAGCACGGCGGACUUCCGAGGGCAAAGCACGCGUACGUAGCCUAUGCGUAUUUGAUGGUGUUUGCGCAGCGGCAGUUGGACCUGGCGCGGGACUUACCCGAGCAAGCGCCGCCCGGCUGGCGGGAAUUGAGGGAGGAGAUGAUGGGGUUUGCGACGGCGGAAGAUGAAGGAUUGAUGAAUUCCCCUGGGGUGCAGGCGACAGUGGAAAGGCAGGAUUCCGCUACGGGAUUGUUUGUCGUCUCGACGGAGGAGCGGGACUUCCCAGAGACGGAACACUCUUUUCGAGAUUCGGACCGUAAAUGCAACGUGUGCGGGGACGAUUUAGGGGGUUGGUUCAACCUGCAGGGCCAUAAGAAGCAGGUACAUGGCAUGUCCAUUAAGCGCGCAUUGCCGGAAGAUCUGUAA